CUCACAAUGAGCCGCAUGCCAUCACCUUCAGAGCGGCAGAGGGAGCACCCAGAGGCUGUAUCCGCUGUGUGUCAGAAACUUUAUUCAAUCUCACCCCUCUAUCAGGCCGGGACGAAUCUACAGUUUUGUAAUUGGACUUUAAUCCCGGGCUCUUCAUGAAUCAAUCGUAUCCAUAAUAUUUUCCCAAGACCCUUCGGCAGACUGUUUUGGGGAUUUUUGUGCCCUGAGCAGAAACAGGGAUCGGUUUCGUGUGCCUGUGGAGAUCCGGUGCGAUCGAAGAAAGUUUCUCCCAGUCCCACGAAAGGAAUGAAUACAUUUUAAAGAGGAAAAUCCGCAUGAUUUAACGAUAAACAUGGAUUGCAACCAUCUUGACACACAGCCGGGGAUAAAUCAGUUGACACCCUUAGAAGCAAAUCCCUCAGCUGUUCCAGAGGCCAAUCCCAGUGAUCCCAACUCUGAGGAAAUCAACACCCCUUCAAAAACAGAAUCAGGCCUUGAAACCAACAUGCCUAUGGAGUUGGACACCGCAAAGAAGUCAGCUCCGCCGAAACAGCCAGACAUCAUUCCAAAGUCCCCUGCGACACCCACUCCGAGGUCGAGUGGUAGCCCUCAACACAAGAAAGAUGGAAUGAAGUUGGAUGAGCGGCAGAAACAGGCGAAGGAGAGGAGGGAGGAGAGGGCCAAAUAUCUCGAACAGCGUGGCCAAACUCAAGCUGCUAAAAAGUCUCAGUGGCUGGAGAAGGAGGAACGGGCACGGCAGUUGCGGGAACAGCAGCUGGAGGAACGGAGGAGGAAGCUGGAGGAGCAGCGGCUGAAAGCGGAGAGACGCCGCUCAGAGCUGGAGGAGAGACAGAGACAGAAACUGGAGAAGAACAAGGAACGCUAUGAGGCUGCCAUCCAGAGGUCUGGUAAGAAGACGUGGGCAGAGAUUCGGCAACAGAGAUGGUCCUGGGCCGGAGGCUUGAGCGGCAACUCCAGCCAAAGCCAGAGCAGAUGCUCAAUAUCAGCGGUCAACCUGCCCAAACAUGUGGAUUCAGUCAUAAACAAGCGGCUCUCCAAAUCCUCUGCCACUCUCUGGACCUCCCCUAGUAGAACUCGUAGCAUGCAGCUAAGUCCCUGGGAGAGCAGCAUUGUGGACAGGCUGAUGACGCCCACUCUCUCUUUCUUGGCUCGCAGUCGCAGUGCUGCCAGUGUGCUAAACAACUCCAGAGAUGGCCAAACUCCGUUGUGUCCACGCUCGGUGUCCGCCAGUCCUCUCUCAACAUGUGCUCAUCGGCCACAUCACCGCUGCUCUGAGCGCUGGAGGGUCACCACCAGCACACCUGAUAUUGUCCAGCGCAGACGAGACUCCACACCUAUGAGGAAGGAUAAGAAGGAAAAGGAGAGAGAAAAUGAAAAGGAGAAGAGUACCAUCACCAAAGAAAAGGUGCUGAAGAAGAGACAGUCCAUGCCAGCAAUGAAAACCAGAAUAGAGUCCAGUCCGAGUCCAGUUUCCAAACUGAGAUCUGCAUCUCCUGUGACGCCCAAAGGCCGUGCGUCCUCCCCCAGCCCUGCAGUUUCUCCCAAACCUCCCUCAGCAGCUGUUAGCCCAAGCACUCCUAAAGCCCGACCCAAGAGAGCCAGGACCCCUGCUCGAGUGGAGACCCGCACCGCCUCGCCUGUCGCCAUUGAGAGGGUCAGAGAGACCCGCAGGCCUGCUACACCUGAAGAACCAAAGACCUCGUCUCCCGUCCCCUCCAUUGUCGUGUCAUCUAUUCCGGACACGCCCCCUGUUGCAAGUGCACCAAUCAUGUCGGUUUCAGCGCCCUCUGUCCCCGAGGAGACCCCUGUUGUCCCUGCCCUCCCACAGGUGGCUUCUCCAGCUCCUUCUCCAGGCAAACCCAUGGCUGGUACCAAUAACCCAGAGGAAGCCACCCGCAUCCUGGCCGAGAAAAGACGACAGGCCCGUGAACAGAGAGAGAAGGAAGAGGAAGAACGCAGAGAACAGCAGGAGAGGGAAAGGGUUCAACGUGAGGAGAGGCUAGCACAGGAGGCGGAGGAGAGGAGGCACAGGGAGGAGGAGGCACGGCUCAUGGCGGAGCAAGAGCGGUUAAGAGAGGAGGCUCAGCGCCUGCAGGAGGAGAAGGAGGCACAGGAAAGAGCCAAAAUUGAAAAAGAAGAGAAUGAACGCCUUCAGAAACAGAAAGAGGAGGCUGAAGCAAAGGCCAGAGAGGAGGCCGAGAAACAGCGACUGGAGAGAGAGAAACACUUCCAGAAGGAGGAGCAGGAGAGACUGGAAAGAAAGAAGCGUCUGGAGGAGAUUAUGAAAAGAACACGCAAAACAGAUGCAGGAGACAAGAAAGACACAAAAUCUCCAUCUCAAGUCAAUGGAAAAUCUUCAGAUUCUGAGAUGAAUAAAGCUGCUGACUACCAGCCAAGCACGGCACUGAAACAAGACGGUGUGAAUGAAAGUCUGUCCGUUCUUGUGGUGAAUGGCGUUCAGCCUUCCAAACACGAGAAUGGCCUGUCGGCAAAAGGGGAGGCUUCUCGUUUUGAAGAGAUCAUUCAGCUGUCCAAUCACAACAACGGACGGGAGAAAUCAGAGAGUGACAGACCUGACGAGCCAAUCAUGGCCUUUGAGAGUGGAGAAUCAUUCCUUAAGAAAACAGGCCCCAUUAAGACUCAGCAUGUGGCAGAGGUCCUCUGAGUUCAUAAACCGUUGGAUGAAGCCUUAAAUCUGCGAGUCCCUCAACACUGUCUGCCUGAGGGGCCCGGUGGAAAGAAGCACAGCAUGAAAGAGACCUGUGCCAAACCCAAAAACUGUCUUCUGUUUAGACUGUACAGAGCAACCCCACCAUCAGAGCCUCUCUUAUGGUGCAUGAUGGAAAUUACAAGGAAGCUACACAACAAUCAAGCUGAGCUAAACGCCAACGUACACCAGAAUCACCAUUCAUCAGGACCCUGGCCUCACACACUUUAUGGCAGACCAAUUCAUGCCUCUUUCUGAUCACCCCAGUACAAUGUUAUGUUUUUUGUUUUUAAAAAAGGCUUGUGACAAACAAUAAUCCUUGUUGUUAUUCAUGCUAUUAUGGGUUGAACGCAGAAGUGCUUUGGGUGUUUUAUUUUUCAAUGUUUAGUUAUUUAACUUGAAGAGAAUUGUAACUACUGGGUACUGUUGUAUGUGAAUAAUGUAAAUUGGACCAUGGGAGGAGACGAUCUGUGAAUAAAACAGAAUGAAAGGGAC